AUAACCAACAUGGCUGACAAGCGAGGGGAUUCAGGAAGUGAUUCUGAUAGCACUGAAGAACCAGUUGUCGGAAAUGUCAACAAAUUUGCAGUUGUCCCACCAGGCUACAGUGGUAAACCAAAGAAAGGACAUCUCAUAUUUGAUGCAUGUUUUGAAAGUGGAAAUCUGGGGCGGGUAGAUUACAUCACAGAGCAUGAGUAUGACUUGUUUAUACGACCAGACACCUGCAACCCACGGUUCCGAGUUUGGUUCAACUUUACCGUGGAGAAUGUGAGGUCAGACCAGCGUGUUAUCUUCAACAUUGUCAACUUCAGUAAGACCAAGUCCCUGUAUCGGGAUGGAAUGUCACCUCUUGUCAAAUCAACUAGCAGGCCGAAGUGGGUGAGAAUCCCCGCCAAGCAUGUAUAUUAUUAUCGCUGCCCUGACCAUCGAAAGAAUUAUGUCAUGUCCUUCGCUUUCAACUUUGACCGAGAGGAUGAUGUCUAUCAGUUUGGCUAUUGUUACCCAUAUUCCUACACCCGAUUACAGAGCUACCUCGACAAUCUCGAGAAGAGAAACUUGGACUUCUUCAGCAGGGAACUACUUUGUCUAACAGUGCAACAGCGCCGACUUGACGUGCUGACCAUCACCCACCCUGACAACCUGGAGCAUGAAGGGGAGGAAAAGCAGAAGACCGUGUUCAUCACCGCCCGUGUACACCCAGGGGAGACACCCUCAUCCUUUGUAUGUCAAGGUGUGAUAGACUUUCUGGUCAGCAACCAUCCAAUUGCCAAAAUCUUGAGGGAACACAUUGUGUUCAAGAUUGUGCCAAUGCUGAACCCUGAUGGGGUGUUCCUUGGGAACUACAGGUGCUCUCUGAUGGGGUUUGAUCUGAACCGCCACUGGCUAGAGCCGUCUCCGUGGGCCCACCCUACCCUGUAUGCCACCAAGAACCUGCUGAUGGAGCUGGACAGAAGUGAUAAAUAUGAGGUAGACUUUUACAUAGACCUGCACGCCCAUUCCACUCUGAUGAACGGCUUCAUGUACGGCAACAUCUACGAGGACAUGGAGAGAUAUGAACGCCAGUCCGUAUUCCCCAAGCUGCUGUGUGCCAAUGCAGAGGACUUCUCCCUUGCCAACACAAACUUCAACAGGGAUGCAGUAAAGGCAGGCACUGGCAGAAGGACUCUGGGUGGGUGUAUGGACGAGAACGCCCACUGUUACACCCUGGAGGUGUCGUUCUUCAGCUACCAGACCAGCACCACUGGGCAAGCCAUGCCGUACACAGAGGAGGGCUAUAUGAAGCUAGGGCGAAACCUGGCAAGGACAUUCCUGGACUACUACAAGCUGAUCGGCUACAUCAGUGCCAAGCCCAGCAGCAGCAUCGUCCCCAAGCCAGGGAUGUACCGGCACCGUGAGCGCCAGAACAAUGACAGAGCAGUGUCAGAACCAAACGGGCGGAACCCCCUGGACGACACCAGGUACUACAGCCAAAGAUACGGUGAUAAAUCUAGUCGAGAAGAGAAGGGCUCCCGGCGAGGUGCCGACUACUCCAUCAACAGCAGCAGCAGCGCCUUCUCCGACACGCCCACGUCCAUCAGGCUACAACUAAAGGAGAGAGAUCGCAGAUUCUGAUCUGUGUAUGAAAUAUAACCAUAAUACAUAAUUAAUCAAAAUCCUUGAAGGAGAUCCUGUAUGUUAGCUUCAGGUGGUCAUUCCAUUGUUCACAAUCAACUGGGAUGUAAUAUUGUAAUGACGAGUACAGAUAGGUACCCAUCAUGUCGUUAUCCAUUCCACUGUCACCACGGUGAUGGGAAAUAGGUGACAUGUGAGCUGAAAGUGACAUUUGAGUGGCAGCAAUGUAUGAGUGUCAAUUUCAAGUGUGGGAAUGUCAGUGUUAUUAGUAAGAGGAUGCAGGAUCAAUGGCUGAUGGCCAUCCGCUGUCUACAACCCUGAUGACUUGGACUUACACAAACAUAAGACCUGCUUCUGUGUGGUGAAGCCGAUGCUGCCUGCUGUAUAGAUGUAUGGGAGUGAUAUUGUAUCGGAAUAUGCAUGGACUAGAUAUGCACUAGUGACACUGAGCCAGGAAUACUGGACGUGGUCAGGGAUCUUCAUACAAAUAGGUUUUUGAAGCUGGAGGAUACUAGGUAAUGAAUAGCAAGUGGUUCCUGACUGGAAGGAUUUCCAACAUAGAACUGUUAGCCUUCCGAUUCAGAUUGAACACCCUUUCAUGUUUCAAAUUAGUAUUAAUCUUGAAAUCUUUCAGAGAAGAGGUAUCAUAAAAUAGUUUUACAAAUAUUGCUGUCCUGAAGGGCAGACUGAUUCAGGUAUUUAAUGUGACAGAGACUUAGUGUGAUCUUCUGUGAACAGAUGAAGAGGAGUUUCAUUCAAUGUCCAAACUGAUGUAACCUGAGCUGUGGACCUUCACCUUCGAAACAGUUGAAGAUCAAUGUUACCAGACCUGUUGACCUUCACUUUCAGAACAGUAGAAGAUCAAGGUCACAAGGACUAUUGACCUUCAUGUCAGAAUUUGUGAAGACUGAAAGGCCCAAGAUAGAAAUUUAAACGUUCAAAGUGAUUUCAGUUAUGAAGUAAAUCAAAUUAUGAUCAUGGAAAUAUUUGUUAAUCAGAUAUUCUCCCUGGAAGAGGUUUUAUCUUCAUCCAAAUCUAAACCUUUUAAUUAUACCAUCAUGCCUCACACUCACACAGAAUUUACUUAAGGUGACAUAAGUCAGCAUAGAUACUCUUUUUAGAAAGAAUUUUAGUAACUUUUGUCUCAUUGUAGAUUUUAUUUUUCUAUUAUAUUUUUAGAAUUUUGUUGCCAUUCUUGUACAAAUCUGUAUUGCUUUUGAGUACAACUGCUGGUAGCUUGAUGGGCUGGCGGCAUGACACAACCAGAAGAUGAGUCACCACCAUGUCAUCCCAUGUUGGUCUCACACAACACCAGGAAGUACAGGUCUCUUUCACAUUGUAGAGAAGCCCCCAGUGUCACAGAACCCUUGCCGCUAUGUACACAGGGUUUAAAGGCAGUAUAGUCUAGAUAUUUUAAGCACACUUCGGUAAAAAAAUUUUAGCUCCUCAUAAAUAAAUAUUUAUCAUUGUCAAUUGAUUUUAAAGUAUGCUAAAGAUACACCAAUAUUUGUUAUGUUAAAUAAUAUUGACAACAAUGAACAUGAAUAAAAUUAGAAUGGAAAAUCCUGUAUACAAAUAUUAUGAAAUAUACUCACGGAAAUGAAUAAGGGAACACCUGAAAGUACAAGUGUUCCUUUAUUCUUUUCCAGGUUUCUUCACAAGCUGUGUAUUGCACUGUGGGCGUAAUUCUGGAAACGAAUAAAGGAACACUUGUACUUUCAUGUGUUACCUUAUUUGUUUCCAUGAGUAUAUUUUAAGCUUAUAUUAUAGUUUAUCAUAAUACAUUUGCUAAAAUGUGUGUACAUAAGCAUGACCGUAUGUUGGUAGCCAGUAUGCCUGCCAUCCCUACAGCUGGAACCAUCAUGGUAGUGGUUGUGAUAGUCCAGCACAUGGUGUGUUGUUCAAAUAUUGAUCACAGAGGAACAACAUGUUAUUCUUGAAUAUUCCUCUCAGGAUGUGCCAACAGAAUGUUAUAUUUCAUUGUUUUACCCAUGACUUUCGCUCGACUGUCCGUCCACUUUUAGAAAGCUUAUAUUGUUUUACAGCUUUUGUUUUUAAUAUUGCAUUAUGUUUUAAAUGUGUAUAUGACUCGACUGCAUAAUCUUUACAAGUUUAUUUUUCAUGCAGGUUGAAUAUUCAUACUCAUAUCAAAUAGAAGCCUUUGAGGUUUUCUUUUAAGACUAAGAGUCCCACAGGUACCUUGUUUUUCUUCACGUUUUGGGUAAAUAAUGAGAAUAUGAAAAUACAGUGGAAUAAAAAGUAAGACGUAUGUAUUAUUCUUGAUAUUCUUCUCACCGAGGUAGGAGGGUGACAGAAAAGAGUCUGAUGUGUCUUUGCGGUGAGGAAUACUGAAUAAAGGAUUAUCUCUUGGGUCAUUUUUCUGGACAUGAAAGAAUUAUUGCGAUAUUUCUUUUUCUAAACAGUCAGCAGGACAAGACAUAUUCCAAGAGGUGAUACACAUUAUCUGUCAAGGAUGCUGAUGUAGUCGGUUUCCGACACCAUCCCAAUUAUUUAUUUAUGGUUUCAUUGGCUGAUCAGGCGAGAUGUCUGCAUGGAAACUACAUUACAGGCAGAGAUUAUUGAAUAAGCAACAAAUCUAGAGUUUUUGACACUAACAGGAAAACAUAUUUGGAUGGGGGACCUGUUUGACCUGCCGGGGAUUCAGAUGUGACUCUGUGAAAAUUAUGGCAGACACAAGUCAUCAAGAGUCAGACAUCGUAACUUUUGUUUCCACAAUUUCUUGAAGUAUUUACAUCUGAAAUUGCUGCUGUUUACCGAGCGUGCUACGGGUUUAUGGAAUUAGUUUUGUUGCACUGAACUUUAAGUUUAUGAGUCUGAUGUCAAGGGAUGGGUUUUACGAUAUACAGACGAAGGCUUAGACCAGCUGAUGAAGCACUGCACAGACACACUAUGUUCAGGGGUGAUUCUUUAUUGUCGUUUUGGGGGUGGAUAUUUCAGUAUUUCAAGAAAGGUCAUUUUUUAUUUUGAAUUAGGAGAAGAGAUUUUUCUAUAUAGACUAUUUGGCUCUGGGUUUCAUCUUUUUUCUUGUUUUAAGGAGAUGUGAUGAGGUUUAUGAAAACUGUUUUGUCAGUUGUGGCCAUAGAUUGAAUGAUUUGUCAUUACAGACAUAAGACACAACUCUGUAAUUCACAUAUUGCAGUACACAGUAUAUCUCAGUGAAUGUUCAAAUGUUGAUGUGUUGAAAUGUGAUAUAUCAUGUGAUGUGUUUUCAAAAUAAUAUGUGUAUUGUUUUUCAAAUGACCUCAGUAUCAAUGAAAUAGAAAACCAUAUGAACCUC